AUGAUGCGCACUCCAUGCGAACUACCAAACGACAAAAAAAAACUACAUGACUACACGGACUACAAGACGGUCCAGCGGGGAGUACCACUAGCCACCGCCCAAAACCUGCGACUACACGGCAGGAAAGGUGAAUCACUCGCUGCUACCAGCAAGCGUUGCGCAGUGGAAGCAGCUCUCGACCCAAGCAAAGAGCAAGUACCACCUCUAAUAACUGAUCUGGGCGUCGCUCUCACCGGGAGUGUCGACAGGCCGAAUUAA